ACCCAACUAACCUAACCUUGGCCAAAUGGCAUAGCGUCGAACGACCCUAAAUCUGGUCUAACUAGGUCGAAAGCAGUAGACCAACAAAUGCUUUGCACGAAAUCCAAUAGAGUUCAAUUGUACAUCUCUACUCAAUAACACUCAAUUGUGAGUUCAGAAGAAGUUAUAUUGUGACACCCAUCAUUGACAUGACCGACAAUGCGGUCUCGGAGUGAAUUCUGAGGAGGAUGAGAUGGCUCGGCCACCGACCCCACUAUGCAUGGCCCCUGAUGUUUCAGCGAUCUUGCACUGAGCAGCACCACGGCUGGCAGAACACACAUCUCUCAGUUUGAGGUUGUAAAUAAAUUCUUACCAUCAAAUCUUCUAUUCCCAUCUUUCAGACAUCACAUCAUUACCCACCACUUCUGCACGUCCGCGGCCUUUGGCGACUCGCACCGUUGGUAUUGUAAAUUGCUAUUGAUUCCACUGGAGCACAACUGGAGCUAGACCUAAAAUGCCGUCAUUCACAAACAACUCAACCUUCCCAACCUUCUACUCACUACCCACAACAACAGACAGUGUGGAAUCAGAUAGGGAGUGGUAUAUGGUGGCACAGGUCAAAAACAACAUGACCAUCACCAAACCGACGCUGAUCGUCACUGACAAAAGUGGAAUGGAUUUUGCAGUGACUUUUGAGGAGGACAGAAAUUUUGACCUCAAGGCGAGAGGCUUAAAGAAAGGAAAUACGAUCGUCCUGCCUAAAGCGCGAAGGUUAGAAAAAGGACCAGGCAGAAAGGACGUGCUCGUGAUCGAGAAGGAAGAUUGUGAGAAAGUCAAGGCUAUACCUGGCAGCUUAACAAAGACGCUUGAGCUCGGAUCAGGAUUGACCGAUGAUGACAAGAGUAAAGCGUGUGAAACUUGUCAGGGUACUGUAGGAGGAUUGAUGAGAUGCACAGGAUGCGAAACUGUUGUUUACUGCAGUAAAGAUUGUCAAGUCAAAGGCUGGAGCGAAAGAGGACACAAAUCCGAUUGUAAGAUUUUCAAGUCCAUACGAGAGAUAUGGACCUGAGAAGGACAGGAGAAACCCCAGGCACGCGCCUGGUAUUUAUGUUUUUAUCAUUCAUUGGAACCCGGCGCGCGGUCUUCCACAUCCAAGGCUGGGACUAAGUUAUGGAAGCUAAAGCUCUCAGAAAUUAUGCACAGCAGGCCAAGUAGUUUUCACAGAGUGAUUGAGUCGAUUGCUGGCACAUGGGGACCAGUCAUGACAACAAUGGUAGUGGUAGUGGUUGCCAC